AUGGCCUCGUCUCCAGAGGACAUCGCAGCCUCGCUCGCAGCUUACCGCUCAUUUAUCGCAGCCCAGAACCGUCGCGCUCUCGAGGUGUAUGUACCAUUCAUCGCCACCGCGGUGCCCGACGACCUGGAAGACGACGAGGACGUCGAAGAGCUCCGCCUAGACGGCCUAAACACGCUUCUUGACACCACCCUCCAAGACUUUGACGUUUCGGAGGCUAGCGAGGUUCUCACGCGUUAUGAUGAGCUGGUGUCAAAGAUUGGCCUUGAUGGCACCUACGUGAUGCACGAGGGGACCCCUGAUGAGCGCGAGGCCGCGCGCCGCGAGUACCUCUCUGUUAUCGAGGAGAACCUGAAGCAAAAGUCUAGAGAGGACGUGCGGGAGACUAUCUUGAUCCCUGAAGACUUCCGUGUGCUGGCCGGGCUUGUUGACGGUAUUGUGGGCUACGGGCUGCCCGUCUUCCGGAACGAGACCCAGCCAGCCUUCUGGUGGGGCUGCCGAGACGACCAGGGCCUGCACGCCGAGAGGGUGAUGACGCCUGAGGAGCUCACGGAACACGCAAAUCUCCCCGAGUGCUGGCAGAUCGCGGGAGGGUGGGCACCAGGCACAGGGCCUGAUGCCAAUUUCAGCAUUGUGUAUAGCCGCAAGUCUGACGAGGACGCUUGGAAGUGGAGAUACACUUUAUCUACGGCGGUUGACGGCUUGCAGAUCUUUGAGACAGUUCCAGAGUUUUUGGCCUGGUACACUCAUUUCGGGGAGGAUGACGAGGUGCCUGGGCCGAACGAACUGAAUGCAAACAGGCUUCUUUAUGGCAAAAUCUAA